AUCUUGAUUCUACACCAUGGCCGACAAAUAUAAAAAUCUAAAAGUGAAGGAGUUACAGGAGCUUUUGCAAAAGCAAGGCAUUCCUCACACUGGCAAAAAGGAGGAGCUUAUUGAACGUUUGAUGAAACAUGAUGAGCGGAAAACGUAUGAGAUUGAAUCCCUUGAAGCUGAAUUCGGUAGCAUUGAAGAUUUUGAUGAGUCAAAACUCAACUUUGAUGAUCUUCAUGAUGUCGAUCUCAAAUCAUUCAGCACAACCGACGCAAAGCAGUUGACCGCGGUUGAAGAUGAAUCAAAGGCGCAGGCUGAAAAGACCGAGAUCUCAGUGACGGAAACUACUACAGAUGCUUCAUCAACGCAGAAUUCGGUCAAGAUAUCUCAAAUACAAGAGACAGUUGAAGUUGUUAAGCCAGGAUCUCACUUUAAAUUCACACCUAUUUCAUUUGAAAAACCUGGCGCUACUACUGCUACUGCAACUAAUGCUACUGCUGCGGCUGCUUCUGUUGCAGAAUCUGCUCAGACUACCCCUAAACCAGCAGUACCUUCACCCACAACUAUCAAGGCUGCACCAGCACCAGCACCAACACUGUCUGAAGUAGAAAAGAAGAUAUUGGCUGAGGCAGAGAAGAAAGCAGAGCGCGCAAAGAGAUUUGGUGUUCAGUUAGAUGAAAAAGCAAAGAAAGAGUUGCGCGCUGCUAGAUUCGGAAUUCCUGUAGCGGUAGCUAAGACUGCUGCCUCGCCUUCCAAGAGUACUCCCAAGGUACAAACUCCAAAAGUACAAACAGGAAAGACUGUUGCCCCCAAGGGUAUUGAUCCAGAGACCUUGAAGAAGAGAGCCGAGAGAUUCGGAUUACCCCAGAAGGGGGGUAAAAUAGAGAAGAAUGGCAAGAGUACUGUGUUGGACCCUGUUGAAGAAGAAAAAAAGAGAAAGAGAGCAGAAAGAUUUGGCUCUGACCAAAGCAAGAAACAGAAGAAUUAGACUCUUGUAACUGUAUAGCUCAGGCUCAGUUAUCGAACACGAUCACCAUGCCUCUUUUAUUUGAACUUCUCUUUUUUUAAUUAUUCUUAUUAUAUUAUUGCACUAAAUUGAAAUGAGUCUUUGACUAUUUAUAAAAGCCCUGGAGCUGGUCCCUGAGUAAUGAUCAU